CUCGCUGAAGAAUGCUGCACGGAUAUACAACUCGGGGGUGCUCCCUGGGUGACAUCAGUAGGAAGUGGUGGUAAUGUUUGUGUCAGCUGCAAGUUUGGUGGAACGCUCUUUGUGUUGCGACGGUGAGGGUUGCAAAAAAAGCUACCAUCUCAAUUGUCUUGAUCCACCCCUAAAGAGUGUGCCAAUUGGUGUUUGGCAUUGUGUCUGCUGUGUUAAGAAGAAGGUGGAGUCAGGUGUGCAUUCUCUAUCUCGAGGAGUGGGGUCCAUUUUGGAUGCCAAAGAAGUGGAGUUAGCUGAUUCUGAAGGAGUUCAGAAGCAAUAUUUGGUUAAGUAUAGAUGCCUUGCUCAUGUUCACAACCGUUGGAUUCCAGAAAGUCAGCUUCUUCUUGAAGCUCCAGUUCUUGUUGGAAAGUUCAAGAAGAACCAGGUAGUAAGAUGGAAACCGGAAUGGGCUGUGCCACAACGCCUUCUUCGGAAGAGAUUGUUAAUGUCACCAAAGCAGCGGGCUGAAUAUCUUGGGGGUAGUCAUAGUGACAUCUUAUGCCACUUCGAGUGGUUUUUGAAAUGGAGUGGUCUUGGUUAUGAUGAUGCUACUUGGGAGUUGGAGAAUGAACCAUUUUUGAGGUCACCCGAAGCUUUGAAGCUUAUAAAGGAUUAUGAAUGUCGUCUUGAGAAGGCAAAAAUGGCAUCUGACCCUACUAAGGCAGAAAAGGUGGGUCAAAUCUUACUAUGAAAAUACUUCUC